CCAUUAAUUGCGCAUAAGGUGGUGACGGCUACACAUUGUUUCGCUCUAGGGCUAACUCGAUAAUACAGAGCUUUCGCUUGAUUCGGCUCCAGCUUGCUUGACCACGGCGAGCUCUUUGCAACUCUCAACAACCAAAGUAAUCAAUUGGAUAACCAGUCAAUCCCACGUGAUACAGCCAUGAGCCAAGCACCACCUCUUCGACCGGCCAUUCUGAUAGUUUCAGACACUGCCUUUGCAGAUCCAUCAACUGACAAGGCCGGAUCAGCACUGACAGAGACGUUUUCAGUCGAUGGUGCCGGUCGUUGGGAAGAACCUAUCAUCGAAAUCGUCAAGGAUGAUGUUCUCGAAAUUCAACGGGCCGUUCGAUCUUGGAGUGACGGCGAGAGUCAAGCUUCUGGACCGAUUAACCUCAUCGUCACCACCGGAGGAACUGGUUUCGCCCGUCGUGAUUUCACCCCCGAAGCCAUCAGCCCACUGAUUCAUCGCCACGCUCCAGGUAUCGUGCACGGCAUGUUGGCGGCUUCGUUUCAAGUCACGCCUUUUGCUAUGAUGUCUCGUCCCGUGGCCGGCGUCAGAAAUAAAUCCAUCAUUGUCACCUUGCCUGGAUCGCCCAAAGGUGCUAAGGAGAAUUUGCAGGCCAUUCUCAAAUUGUUACCUCAUGCUUGUAUGCAGGCUGCAGGAGAGGAUUCUAGACAAGCCCAUGCCGGCGGAGUCAGCAAACUGGAGAAAGAUGCUGGAGUUUCCAGUUCGACAGCAAAGCCUGCAGUUGGAGGAGGUUCUCACAGCCAUUCUCAUCACCAUCAUCAUCACGAUCACGACCAUGGACAUGGACAUGGAGGACAUAAAGUGCCUAAAGCCCACACUGAUCCCUCACAACGACCUCAUCAAUCCAAUGAUCCUCGUCUAGGUGCCACAGCACGUGCUCGAAGCUCUCCAUAUCCCAUGCUCAGUGUCGAAGAAGCCGUGGCCAAGAUCAUUGAACAAUCACCAUCUCCCAUUGUUGAGAUUCGAGACGUGUCACCAGAUUUGGUAGGUUACGUCUUGGCCGAAGACAUCAAAGCCGCCGAAGCCGUGCCCGCCUACCGCGCCAGCAUCGUAGAUGGAUACGCGGUGAUUGUCCCAUCUGAAUCAGACCAAACCUCUUCAACCAGCGCCGUGACCUCCAUCAAAGGUGUCUUCCCCGUCGCCUCAGUGUCUCACGCACAAGCGGCAUCUCUACCACCGCCAUUACAACCAGGACAAAUCGCUCGUAUCACUACGGGAGCACCUCUUCCGGAAAACGCCAACGCGGUCGUCAUGGUCGAAGACACCACGAUUGCAAGCCUAACGGACGAUCAAAGUGAAGAAGCAACGGUGGAGAUCCUAACUUCCGAGCUAGCCAUUGGCGAGAACAUCCGCGAGCCCGGCUCCGACAUCCAACUGUCAGAAGUGGUUCUAACCAAAGGCACAUCCAUCAGCAGAUUCGGCGGCGAAGUCGGCGUCCUUGCCGCAGCGGGCAUUGCACAAGUCCCAGUCUACCGCAAAGCCCGCAUCGGCAUCCUCAGUACAGGUGACGAGGUCACAGACGUCUCCAACACUACUACCAAAAGCCAACCCCUAACCAACGGCAUGAUCCGCGACUCCAACCGACCAUCCUUGUUGACACUAGUAGGCCAAUGGCCCGUCACUGGCGCAGUAGUCGACCUCGGAAUCGCACGCGACACACCCAACACGGCAUUGGAAGAAGCACUUCGCGCCGGAUACCGCGAUCAUGAUCUCGACAUCAUCGUCACCACGGGUGGAGUCAGCAUGGGCGAACUCGACCUCCUCAAACCCACAGUCGAACGCUCACUCGGCGGAACCGUCCACUUUGGACGCGUUAGCAUGAAACCAGGAAAACCAACGACGUUUGCUUCUAUUCCAUUCAAACCCUCCUCCGCAUUGACGUCCUCUCGCGAAUCACGUCUCCUAUUCGGUCUACCAGGAAACCCCGCCUCCGCACUUGUAACAGCGAAUUUAUUCCUCUUGCCAUGUAUCCAGCACAUAGGCGGAUAUGGCGGCGGCUCUAUCGCAGCCAAGGGGUUGGAAAGAGUUACAGUGACGGUCGAUUCACGUAUCAGAUGCGAUCCGACGAGAGUGGAAUACCAUCGAGUCAGAGUACGGUUUGUUGGAACAGGGUCCGGUCAGCAGCAAGGUCGUCUGGUGGCUUCGUCGACGGGCAUGCAGCGUAGUAGUCGUGUGGCGAGUCUGGCUUCUGCGAAUGCUUUGCUUCAGCUUCCGUUGCGGGAAGGAUAUCUUGAAAAAGGGGAUGAGUGUGUGGCUUUGUUGUUGGCUUCUCCUUAGAAUGAAAAAGGUAGGAUAGGGUAGGGUAGGGAAUGCAAUGGCAUCGUGUGAUAGUCUGGUGAUUUUCAGGGCGUACUUCUCGCCGGUAUUACGCCCGUCCCUGACCUGACUUGUUACUUAGUCAGUUCUUCAACACAUCGACAUAAAAAACCUGGUCAUGAGAAGUUGUUUUGAGAUGAUUUGUCUUUGAGUGUAUCUGGUGUAUAUAUACAUAGAUAUCUAUAUCUAUACAAACGACCUGAAGCACCAGACUCAGGUCCUAGCAAAGUCGC